AUGUACAAAGUUUUAGGACGGAUUAUUUCGGACCGACUUAUUGGGAGUCACGAAGACUUAACGCGCGAAAAGCAAGCUGGCUUUCGUCAUGGCCGACCUACGAUUGACCAGGUGUUCAUUGCCAGGAGAGUGAUCGAAAUCUGGCAGCGGUAUUCGAAGCCAAUGCAACUAGCGUUUUUGGACUUUGAAGCCGCGUUCGACCCUCCUCAUCGAGGCCGUCUUCUCAACGCGCUCCGCGCCGGCGGAGUAGCAGGAAAGUUCGUUCGCUUGCUUGAAGACAUGAAUCAACGAACAACUGCUGCAAUUCGAACACCAGUCGGAUAUAAAAGUGGUCAUUGA